AUGUAAUAGUAACUUCUAAAUCCUAUACCAAAUAUCAACGAAAAAUACAUGAUUACGUAAAUAUUCAUUCUACUUAAUCAGUAUUAAUGGAAAUGAAAUUUUACCAAGUAGUGGUAGAAAAUCUUCUUAGUAUGAAGAAAGAGCUUCAGAAUAAAGAAGAAGAGAAGAUCAAAAAUUAGAGAUAUCUCAUUAUAGAGAUUUAUGUGAAUAAUUGAAUAAAGAGAAUUUGCUACUUAAAUCAUUCUAAAUAGAAAAUAAUGAAUUAAAACAAAAAUAAUUACUUAUGAAUGUUGAACUAUCUGCUGCUUAAUAGGAACUCUAAAGAAUUAGAAACCAGUUUGGAUCUUAAUAAUCAACUGAUAAAUAAGUAUAAAAAAUUCAACAAGGUAUUUUAUUACAGUCAUUUUAUAGAUAAUUUAAAUUUGUAAUAGUAAAUUAGUGAAUUAAACAAAUAAAAACAAAAUUUAGAGGCAGAACUUAAAUUAUUUAAAGAAAAUCGUUUAACUUAAACUAUCGAAAUACCAGAAAUGAAUGCAUCGUUAUAUUAAAAAAAAAUAAAAGAAAUGGAAGAAGAUAUUUAAAUAUUAAUAGAUGAUUAUAAUAGCAGUUAAGAAAAAUUGGAAAAAGCUUUGAAUGAAUAAAAGUAGCAAUUUAAAAAUGAUAUUGAUUAAUUAAAAAGUUAAAAUUAAUUGUUGAAUGCUGAAAUCACAGGAUGGCAAUAAAGGUAUAACAAUUUAGAAAUAAUGAAGAAUGAAUUAGCCAAUAAAUUAAUUAUUCUAGAAAAAGAAAAUUAAUAAUUAGCCUAUAAAAGUAGAAUUGAAGUAUCAUAGAAUAAUUUAGAUAUUGUUUCUUAAUUAAAAGAUUAGAUUCAAUAAUAAACUAAAUAGAUUAACAGUUUAUAAGUUGAAUUAUAAUUGAAACAACAAAACGAAUCUUAAUUGUUAUAUGAAUUACAAAAUUUUAAAUAAAAUUAAUAAUAAAUACAAAACUAAAAUUUGAAUGUACAAAAAAUUGAAAAUCAAUAGUCUAAAAAUGAAAUCUAUAAAUUGAAAUAGUAGAUUGAAUAAUUACAAUUAGAACUUUAAGAAAAUGAAUACCAAAACAAAAAAAAAUAAAAUCUAAAAGAAGAAUAAUUAAAAUAAUAGAUUAAUUCAUAUUUGGAAGAAAUAGAAAGACUAAAAGAUGAAUUAUUAUUAUAGAAUGAGUAGCAUAAUCAAUAUUUAAAAGAUUAAGAAAAUCGUUUUUAAAUAGAACUUAAAAGUGUAAAUGAAAAAUAUAUUUCAUUAUAAAAUGAAAUGAAUUGUAAAACUUAAUCAUAUGAAGAAAGUAGAAUUAAAUUUUAAACACAAUUAUAAGUAAACAAUUAUGAAGCAUCAACAGAUAAAUUAAAACGAGAAAUUCGAUAAUAUGAAUAAUAAAUAAAAGAGCAUGAUAUAUAAACUAAACUUUGGUAAGAUAAAUUUUAUGAAUAACAAAAUUAAAAUGAAGAUUUAAGAUAUAAAUAUCAAGAACUUCGAAAUUAAAUCAGUUAGUAUUUAAGUUAUAAAACUCAGAAUGAAUAUGAUUAAAAGACAAUUUAAAAUUUAGAAGCUUUGGUAGAAGAAUAAUAGAAUAUAAUGCAUUCAUUGUAUUAAAAAGAAUUACAUUAUAAAGAAACCAUAACUAAAUAUGUCUAAAAAAUUGAAGAAUUAUAAUAUUCAAAUAAUGUGGAAUAUGUAGAUUAGAUAUAGUAGUUGUAAUUUUAAAUUGAUCAAUUGUCAAUAAAAAUUAAAGAAUAAGAUGCUCAAUUAAAUCUUAAAUCCACAUAAUGUCAUGUUUUAGAAACUUAGAUUGAAAAUGAGAAAUUGAAAUUUUCAGAAAGAGAAACAAAAAUUUCACAAUAAUAAAAAUAAGAUUAAAAAUAAAUUUAGUAAUUAUAAUAACAAUUAGAGAAUUUUUAAAAAGAUUAUGCUCUGUUAAAUUAGAAAAAAAAUGAAGUCAUUAAAGAAUAUAUUUAAGUUGAAAAUUAAUAAGAUAAAAAUCGAAUUGUUUAGUUAGAGUAAUCCUUGUAAAAUUUAUAGUAAGAUUAUCUUAUUGUGAAUUAAUAAUAUAUAAGUCUACAGCAACAAUAUGAUACUUAAAUUAUUUAAUAAGAACAUAAUAAAGGAUUGGAAGAAGAUAAAAUAAAAAUAAAAUAACUUGAAGAAUAAUUAAGAAUUCUAAAAUAAUAAUACUUUGAGUUGAAUACAUUGAAAUAAUAAGUUUUAAAAGAGGUUGUUAAAGAAGUUAUUGAAGUUCCAUCACCAAAUGAUUAAAUAAUAAUUAAAUAAUUGAGAUAGGAAUUAUAAUAAUUAUAAUCUGAAUAUAGAGUAUUAAAUAACCAAAAAUAAAUUUACAUUGAAAUCUAAUCAGAUGUAGAUAAAAAUAGAAUCAAAGAAUUGGAAAAAUAAUUAAUAGUUUUAAGAUAAGAUUAUGAUGAAGUUUGUGAUAAGAAAUAAUCUAUAAUAAAAGAGUAUGUGGAAAUUUCUUCAAAAUAAGAUUUAUUAAGAAUUCAAUAAUUGGAAAAAAUGGUUCAAUAAUUAUAAGAGGAAAAUUUUAAUUAGUAAAUUUAAAUUUAAGAAUAAAUUUAGAAAUAAAUUAUAAUUAAUUAAGAUUUAGAAUAAGUUCAAGAACUUUAAUUAUAAAUAUAAAUAUUGAAGGAGGAGAAUAAAAAAUUAUAAGUUUAAUUAAAGUAAUAGAAUGAUUCUUUGAAAUAAUCAUCAAGCUCUGAUUUUUUAAAAAUUUAAUAAUUAGAAUAAAAGAUAAGAAUUUUAGAAUAGAAUAAUUUAGAUUUAUAAAAAUAGCAAUCUUAAGUAAAGAUUAUUAAAGAAACUAUUGAAGUUAGUAAAGAUGAAGAUACAUUUAAAAUUUAAUAAUUAGAAUUAUAAUUAUAGUUAAAAACAGAUGAUCUUUAGUAUUUGGAAAAGCAAUUAAAUUUAUAAAAGAAAAAUGUAGAAGAAUUAAUAUCUGCAAAUGAAAAAAUGAAAUAUGAAAAUACUAAAAUGAGAUCAUAAUUAUAUGAAUUAUAAUCAACAGUUGAUGAUCUAUAAUUUAAGGUUAAAGAAAGUAAUAAGUCUUAAGAAGAAAUAAAACAAUAUAAAUAAAUGAUUGAUUAAUAUGAAAAGAAUGAUAAAAUGAAAAAUGAUUCAUAAAAAGUGAUAAAUGAAUUAAAAAGCAAAUUAAAUGAAUCUGAAAAUGAAAUUAAAAGAUAAUGGGGAGAAUUUGAAUUAAGUAAGUAAGAUUAUGAGUUUAAACUUAAAAGUUAAUAAACUAAAUUUAAUCAAUAAAUAUAGUAAUUAUAAUAAGAAUUAUAAUUUAAGGUGCAAUCAAGUGAAUAGGAAAAUAUAAUAUGUAAAAAUACUUGUAAAUAAAUGUAAAUAUAAAAUGAUGAAAUGGCAAGAGAAAUUAAAAGAUUAUCAGAUUUGAUAAAAAAAAAAAAUGAUGAAAUUAAAAAACUUACUGAUAGUUUACAAACGUAAAAUGUAAAAUUAGAAUAAUAUUAAUAUAAUUUUAAAGAUAACUAAACAUAAAUGUAAGAUAAUGCUAUUUUACAAGAAAAAAUGGCUUAAUUAAUGUAACAUUGCAAUAAAUUAGAAAAUGCUUUGAAGUAAUUUGAGGAAGAAAAGAAAAUUGAAAAUAAAGAGCUUCAUGAAUAGUUUAAUAAAAAAAUAAUGGAAAUUUAAGAAAUUAUAAAUAAAAAAGAUAAUGAAAUUUAAUAGUUAACUAAUUAUAUUUAAAAAUAUUAGGAACAAAUGUAGAAUCUUGAAAUGAAUAAAUUUAAUUAAAUAUAAGAACAUAAGUAACAAUUAAAUUAAUUUAGUAAUUCAUAAUUUUUAAUUGAGUUAUAAAAUCAAUUAAGUAUAGUAAAAUAAGAAUUGUUAAGGUAAACUACUUUGAAAGAAGAAUAUUAAAAUAAAAACAAUGAACUGUUAAUUAGAGUAUAAUUAUAAAUUAUAUUUUUAGAUUGCAGAAUAUGAAUAAGGAAAUAGAAUUUCUGUUAAACCUGAUUACUAAUUAACAGAAAGAUUGUAAGGUGCAGGUAGUUUUAGAAAUCUAGGAAAUGUUGAUUACAAUUUAAAUGACUCUUCAUUUUAAAAAGCAAGUUAAAUGAGGAUAAGAGAUUCCGCAAGUUUAUAUAAUCCUAAGCCAAAUUUUAAUCCUUUAAACUCUUCAGUAAAAAUUUAAAAUAGAGUAGAUAAUAAAAUAAAAAGUAUUUACUUAAAAAAAGAGUUAAUUAUAUUGA